GAGGAUCGGCGUCGCUCACCUCGGGUGGAGUCCGCCCUUCACUCCCCACCCACCCACUCCCCCCCCCGACCCCCCCCAAACCCCCCCUCCCCGCCGACAGAUCCGGCUCCGACCCCUUCGGAAUGCAGAUCCCACUCAUUCUGCUCCUGGUGCUGGGAACCGCAGCGCCCAGGAACGUCCUGUGGGUGAUCGAGGGGACGUCGUGUGACCUCCCCUGGCAGGCCGCCCUCUUCCAAGGGGACAAAUUCAUCUGCGGGGGGACUCUGGUGGCCCGGAAUUGGGUGCUGACGGCCGCCCACUGCCACGUCAAUGGCCACCUCAGCGUCCGCCUGGGGGGCCGUGGGGGUCGGGACCCCCCCGUGACGGAGCAGCGCCGCCUCUCAUCCAAAGCCAUCCCAUAUCCGCGCUACGACGCGGCCACCAAAGACGGGGAUCUGAUGCUCAUCAAACUCCUCCAACCCGCCCGGCUCCAUCAGCACGUCAGGCCGUUGCCGUUGGCUUCCAGCUGCCCCGUGCCCGGCAUGACCUGCCAGAUUUCGGGAUGGGGGUCCACCACCAGCCCCGAAGUCACCUUCCCCGAAGACCUCCGCUGUGCCAAAGUCACCAUCGUCCCGGAGGAGCGGUGUCGGCGCAUCUACCCGGGGUCCGUCACCGCCAACAUGGUGUGCGCCGGGGAGCACCGCAACCGCGCCGACUCCUGCCAGGGCGAUUCCGGGGGACCCCUCGUUUGCGACGGACGUCUUCAGGGCAUCGUCUCGUGGGGUCCGGGAGUCUGCGGGGACCCCCAAAAACCCGGCGUCUACGUCAACCUCUGCAAAUACACCCGAUGGAUCCACGACACCAUGAGAAGGAACUGAACCUCUCCCCACACCCCCCACCCCCCC